AUGACUGAAGAUGGUGGAGAGCCAGAGGCACAACCGAGCGCACACAGGAGGAGCGCUCUUUACUCUGACGCAACAUCACGUCCAGGGACUGCGAGGACGGCCAUGUCCCAGAGGACCCCUUGGGCUCCAGGGUCGUCUCUGCGCCGUGGCUUAUCAGGGAAACGGGCCAGCAUCGCUGGCAGCGUCGCCAGUUCAUCGCAGGGUGUCCGGCCGGCAAGCUCGAUGAGCAGAAGCCAUGUUCCAACCCUGACAUCGCAUGCUUUCUUCCGGCCCAUGAGUUCGCAGAAACUGCAAGCCCAGCGAGCACUCACAAGGCCAACAACGAUGAAUCGGCAGAUCGAAUCUCAGGACGAGCCUGGAAACACGAACCGAGAGAGCAUCGUAUCGAAUCCAGGCGUCCGACCAGGCAUACACGCUGGAGAUGAAGGGGAGAUGCGGCCACCACCCUCCGGGGGCACAGAGUGUACCGAGCAGGAACCGUUCGACCGCAUAACAGCUACUACGAGCCCGACUCAUGGCCACCACCCCACCUCGAGCGUUACGGAUAGUGUCCGGCCGCUGCAACGGAAACCAGACGCUGCAAGGAACCUCACUCUUGACAUGAACAAGACAUAUAACGCCGGAGCAAAUGCCCCGACCCCGUCUCGCACUCCACUUUCACUGCGAUCUAGUUUCCUCAUGCCCAGGAUGGAGUCCGGCAGCGGCAAUAGGGAGAUGCAGGGCGGCGAGAAGCUAGAAUCUCUCGCGUCGUCACCUCAGCAUCCGCCCGGCACCGGGAACGAGAAGCCAUCAUCCAAGGAGAAGAAGAGGCCAACUUAUGGCCACAACUACCAUUACUUUCAAGGCAAUACAGUCUUUUGCCUGGGGGGCAGGCUACAGAACACCAGGCAUCGGCCUAUUAAUAUCGCCACGGGAGCCUUGGUUGCCAUACCCGCCGUCCUCUUUUUCGCUUUCUCCGCGCCAUGGAUAUGGGACAACCUCUCCCCUGCGUUACCCAUCACCUUCGCUUACCUCUUUUUCAUCUGCAUAUCAUCCUUCCUUCAUGCGUCAGCUUCCGAUCCCGGGAUUCUACCCCGGAAUAUACACCGUAUUCCCCCUCUUGACGAAAACGAGGACCCCCUGAGGCUUGGCCCGCCCACGACGGAAUGGGCUCUCGUCAAGUCGUCUGACCCAGCAACCGCUGCCAUGGAGGUACCCACCAAGUACUGCAAAACGUGCAACAUCUGGCGACCACCUCGCGCCCACCACUGUCGACUAUGCGACAACUGCGUCGAGACCCAGGACCACCACUGUGUCUGGCUCAACAACUGCGUCGGCCGCCGCAACUACCGCUAUUUCUUCACCUUUGUCAGCAGCGCCACCUUCCUUGCCCUCUACCUCUCCGGGGCGUCGCUAGCCCAGAUUCUUGUCUAUAUGAACCGCCAAGACGUCUCGUUUGGCGAUGCCAUCGGCCACUUCCGCGUCCCCUUCGCCAUGGUCAUCUACGGCUUCAUCGCCUUCCUCUAUCCCGCCGCCCUGAUGGGGUACCACAUCUUCCUCAUGGCGAAGGGAGAGACGACGCGCGAGUACCUCAACUCUCACAAAUUCGUGAAGAAGGACCGGUACAGGGCUUUUACACAGGGAAGCUGGUUCAAGAACUGGUUCGUCGUGCUCUGCCGUCCACGGCCGCCAACGUACUAUCAGUUCAAGGGGGCCUACGCCGAGGGCGACCAGCGGCUCGGGGCUCACCGCAGAGCCCAACGUUCCGCCCGACGUCAGGCGGACUCGAAAGAGGGCGUGGAGAUGCAAGACAUCAAACCGCAGCCCGAUCAAGCCCAGACCGGCUUCCAGGGCCCGGUCUCGCUGCGCGACGCCGCGAGCUCUCCGGUAGGGAGCAGCUCGUAA